CACCACUACCUCUUUGCAGGGGGCCAAGUAAGUUGGCAUCAAGGGAAGCUGGUUUCAAGUUUAGGACAUUGUGCCAUAGACUUCUGGAAACUGCCUGGAUGGACUAGUAAGACUGCCUUUUGUUUCCCUUUCAAAUACAAUUCUCUGAAAAUUGUUAAGGUUGUGGGUAGAAGAUGAUGAUAAGCUGAAAUCAUGGGGUGCACACCUUCCCACAGUGACAUUGUAAACAGCAUUGCAAAGAAUGGCAUUCAGUUUUUGAAAAAGCCCAAGGUUAUUUUGCCAGGGCGUCAGGAGGACAAUGAAAGAUGCUCUGUCCCUUUGCUGCUUAGAAGCCCCACCUGCCCUGACUCUGGCAGUGGCCAGCCCCAGGGACAAAGACCAGCCGAGGAGCAGCCAAGUUCCAAGUGGAACCAAACUACAACUGAAGGUCUUUGUCAGCUCACAGGAAAUCCUGCUUCAGGCAAAAGGAAAGAUAUGGAAGGAUGGAUCCUAGAAGCCAAAACCUCCCCAUCCCAGCUGACCAAAUCACAGAGCCACACGGCUAAGGAUAUUCUUUUUAAGACACAGAACUCCCACAGGUCACAGGGGACACCCUUUUCUGUGGAAUUGAGUGAGGCAAGUAACACCCAGGAGACCUCCACCCAGGAAAGGAAGCCAAAAUGCCACAGACUGGGCGAACAGGGCCAUCGCUCCCAAACUGUCCUUCCUCCUCAUGGAUCUGCAGGCAGGGUGGACUUUCCAGAGCCCCUGGUAAAGGCCCAUCACGACACUUACACCUACCUGCACUCCAGCCUCUCCGAAUAUGAAGCAAUCCUGCGCAUUGUCCAUCAGGCCGCCCAGACCCAGGAGCUGCUGCAGCCCAUGGUCAGCUUCCUGCUGCUCUGCUUUGAUGAGGUCAACCAGCUCAUGGGUAAGAUAUCCAAGGAUGGAGAAGCACUCCUACAGGAAGUUAGGGCUGAUCUGGCUUGGCCGUUGAAGGAAGGAGAGCCCCAGGAGCAGCCAGAUCUCCUGGAGCAGCUCCUGCAGUACACAAUCAGCAAGCUGCAGGGGCUCAGGGGCACCGUAGACUCACUCACCUGCAGCCUCCUGGAGGGCUCAAGCAGCUACUUCCACUCUACUGCAAGCCGCUUGGAAAAGAAGCUAAGCAUAAAGAGGGGCAUGGAUGAGCACCUCUUAAGGGUUCUGGGGCAACUAGAGAACUUGGCAAGUGGCCAUGGUGACCCUGGGGUGCAGGGUCUCCCCUUGUUCUCUGAGGACAGUGGCAUUGGUGCUGAAAAUGAAUCCGGGCAGUCCUUGGACAAGCUGGGAAAACAAACCAGUUGGGACUUUGUGCUGGAGCCCAUAGAACAGAAGCCAGUCAUUUCACCCCAAGUGGAAGCUAGGCCGUCAGGAUAUGCCUGGCAGCCAAGUCCCUUCUGGAUGGGUUCAGACAGACCCCAAGACUGUCCACUCUCAAGGCCUCCUACUGCAAAGUUUCAGCCAGCAGCAAAGGGAGAAGCGGGGAUUCAGUGUUCAUCCAACACAGACCCAGAAAGUAUUUCCUCUGGGCCUUUUUGGCCAGGCAAAAGCACUCCACAUGAUUCCCUUGGAAUUGGGGUCCCUGUGGAAGCAUGUCUCUCUAAAGGCUCCAGUUCGAUGGACUCUCCAUCCCUCAGUGAAGAUGAGGACAGCAGCCCAGACAAGGAGGAGGAAGAUGAAGUUAGCAGUGUGAGUCUGUGUGCAUGGCAGGACACAGCUUUAUUUCCAAGGCCACAGUCUUCACCUGCUAGCCGGGAAAGCACGUUUCAGCCUCACUCCAGGAGAUUUAGGAACCCCCAGGCCCAGGAAAUGAUUCUGAAGAUGAAGGAAGCCAUUAGUGAAAGGAUCAAAUUUGUCCCCGUGCCCUCUGGGCCCCAGGACUGGGCUGAGGAGGACGAUAGGAGAACGAUGGUCCCGCCAAGACCCAGCACGGUCAGUGGCAGCAGAAAGGCUCCAGUGAGGCAGAGGAGGUCCCAGUCGGAGGUGAGUCUUAAGAGCCACACAGAGGACCCCACCCUCCAGGAACUUCGGAGGGUCCAGAGAGACCUCAGCCAGAGGCUGGAGGCGUUCUAUGCCCUGGGUGCACAGCGCCAGCAGCACAGCACAGAGCAGAUUCUGAAGCCUAGAGCAGCAGGUUUGUGGCCAGAGAACAACUGCCGGGCGACCCCAAGUAACACCAUCAGCAAAUUGAAGGCAUCCCUCACCAAGAAUUUCAGCAUUUUGCCUAGUCAGGACAAGAGCAUUUUGCAGAAGGGCAGUCCCCACCCCAAAGGUGAGCAGCCCUGGCAGAGGACAGCUGAGCAGCAUGCCAACACUACCCCAUCAAGUGAAAAGGGAAGCGAGGUUCCUGGGACCGAGGACCACCACAUCAGAGGCCAUCCCACAAGAACUUCAGUCAAGAAACUGAUUGAAACUUUCAGUCCCACAGACCAUCUGAGGACACUGGGGGAUUCCAAGGACUCUGAGCCAAGCCCCUGCCUCAGGAAGUGGGGGGUCCCCAUCAUGCAGCCCAGAUUUCCCAUUUACAGGGGGCUUGCCCCCUUGUGCCCUAAACUCCACAUUUCUCCAGCAGCAGGCAGAGACGCACUCAAUGUGGGCACAGGUUGGAGGCCCUUCACACCUAUCUUUCCCCCUGCAUUUACAGCAGAAGCCUCCAGAAGUAAAGAUGUCAACGGUGAGACAGACGAGGACCCAGAGCACCUCCCUCCACCACCUCUGGAAAUCCUGAUGGACAAAUCAUUCACUUCUCUGGAGCUCCCAGAAAGCAGUGCACCAGCAGGGAGCUCCCCCAAAGGGACCGGCAUGCCAGGGCUGGAAGGGGUUGGCCCUCCUAGGAGAACGUGGGCUUCCCCAAAGCUAAGAGCCUCCAUGAGCCCCAUUGACCUGCUGCCCAGCAAGGGCACCGCCAGCCCCACCAGGCCUCGAAGCACAGGGCCAGGGAGCAUCAAGAGUGGCUGCAAUCCAAGAAAGUUUGCCUUAGACUUGAACCACCCACUAGCCACCAGCCAAAGCCCAGAGACGGAGGAUAGGGCUGAGAGUCAGGCACAAGCAGAGAAGGCUACGAGCCUUGGCAAGCAUCCCUGGAAGGCGAUAACCUGGCAUCACUCCAGGCACACAUCUGGACAAAAUGGAACCUUAGAACCCAGCCAGGCCAGGCCAACCCGAGGGCCACAUUCUCCUGAGGCCUCAAGGCAGAGCCAAGAGAGAAGCCCCCUGGUGCUCAAGAAGGCCUCUCCCCCAAGGGUGCACUGGGCACCCCGAGCCGAAAAGAGGCACCCUAGCCUACCCUCCUCCUACAGGCCUGCCCAGCCAAUCCUUCCCCCCGUACACAGGUCCCCUAGCCCACCAUUCAGCACUGGAGCUCCGAGCCCCCCAGUCAGCCCCAGGGUGCUAAGCCCACCAACACCAAAGAAACGAACAUCCCCACUACCCCAGCACAAGCAGCCCAGCCCCCCACUGGUGAGCCCCCCUACCCAGAGCAGAGAAGCAAGUUCCCCUUCGUCUGGGCCCUCUCCAUCCACCCCAGUGUCUCCCUCUCAGGAGUGCAAAGAAGCAAGAGAUUCUGAAGACUGUCCAUCAGCCAUGGUCAAAGUGUCUGGGAACACUUGCUCCAUAUUCUAUCCAGCCACCUCCUCUCUGUUUGAAGCUAAGGUGCCACUCUCAAGACCUCACCCACUGACCUCACCAUCUCUGCCACCAGAGGCUGGGGGCUCUCUUGGAAUGCCAACAGGGUGUUGGAGGAGCAGCUCAGGACCACGACGGAGGGUGGAGUCACAGAGGAGGGUGGCUCUGUGUGCCCUCAACCCUCAGCCUUUCAUCAGAAGGACCGCUUCAGACCACCGACAGGGCACCCGACUGCAGCUGCCGGUCUCAGGGUGCACUGGCACAGCCAGUGAAAGCCAGCUCAGCCACCGCAGCAGCAGUGAGGAGAGCCCCAGGAAGGGCAACGAGGCUUGGAGCAGCUCCUACAGCCCAGAACUGAAGCAAAGGCGUGUUUCUCCCCCAGAGCUCUGCAUACUGGGCCACGGGUUGCAGAGGGAGGACAAGCCCCAGCUGGAAGCACAGCCCCAGCGGGAGGAGGCAGCCUGA